AAUGGGUUUGCUGUUCCAGGAGCCUGUGACGUUCAGGGAUGUGGCCGUGUCCUUCAGCCAGGAUGAGUGGUUGCACCUGGCCCCUGCUCAGAGAACCUUGUACCGAGAGGUGAUGCUGGAGAACUACAGCAACCUGGCCUCGCUGGGGAUUCUGUGUCCCAAGCCUAAGGUCAUCUCUCAGUUAGAGCAAGCAGAAGACUUCCAGAUGGUGAAAAGUGGACCGUUUCAAGGUGUAUACCUCGGAUGGAAGAGCUUGUUUGAACCCAUAGUUUCAAAAGAAGAAAAUAAGGAAGUCUUGAAAAACCAGAGAGUGGAUAAUUUUUUUGAUUUCAUAUUAGGAAAAACAUGUGUAAAUGAGGAACUGUUAGAGGAGCAACCACACAAUAAGAAAAACCCUUUCAGCGAAAUGCUGCUUUCUGUUAGGAGAGACUGUAUACGAGAGAAGGGCUUUCCAGGGAUCGAACUUGUGAGAAAUCCUGGUAUAAAGCCUCCAUUUCCUAGGAAAGCUGGAGUUGCCUCCAGAGGGAGAAAGCCCCACUCCCAGCAGCACUCAGUUCUAUUCAAACAACUGGGAUUCAACACAGUACGCAAGUUUUAUAAAUGCAACAUCUGUGGGAAAGCCUUUCUCCACCGUUCUUCCCUGAGCAAACAUCAGAGGGUUCACACUGGAGAGAAGCUCUACAAAUGUAAGGAGUGUCGGAAAGCUUUCAGCCAAUGCUCGUCCCUGACCCAGCACCUGAGAGUCCAUACUGGAGAAAAGCCGUACAUCUGUAGUGACUGUGGCAAGGCCUUCAGCUUCACCGCCUCUCUCAUUGGGCAUCGGAGGAUGCACACCGGAGAGAGACCCUACCCAUGUAAGGAAUGUGGCAAGACCUUCAAAGGCAGCUCAUCUCUUAAUAAUCACCAACGGAUCCACACUGGAGAAAAGCCUUACAAGUGUGACGAGUGUGGGAGAGCCUUUAGCCAGUGCUCGUCUCUUAUUCAGCAUCAUAGGAUUCACACUGGGGAGAAACCGUACGAAUGCAGCCAGUGUGGGAAGGCCUUUAUGUCCAUAUCACGGCUGAGCAGACACCACCGCAUCCACACCGGAGAGAAGCCCUUUCACUGUAAUAUGUGUGGCAAAGUGUUCAGUUACCACUCAGCCUUGAUUAUCCAUCAGAGAAUUCACACUGGAGAGAAACCAUAUGCAUGCAAGGAAUGUGGGAAAGCCUUCAGCCAAAGUUCAGCACUUAGCCAACAUCAGAGAAUCCACACUGGAGAGAAGCCAUACAAGUGCGAGGAAUGUGGAAAGGCCUUUUCCUGGAUCUCGCGGCUUAACAUCCACCACAGAAUCCACACAGGGGAGAAACCUUAUCGCUGUAAAGAAUGCGGGAAAGCUUUUAGUUCCCACUCUGCAGUCAAUACUCACAGAAAAAUCCACACUGGUGAGAAACCUUAUAAAUGCAGUGACUGCGAAAAAGCCUUCAACCAAAGCUCAGCCCUUAUCCAGCAUCAGAGAAUCCACACCGGAGAGAAGCCGUUUAACUGUAAGGCUUGUGGGAAGGCCUUCCGGCAGAGUUCGUCGCUUAUGACACACACGAGGAUUCACACAGGAGAGAAGCCUUACAAGUGCACGGUGUGCGGGAAAGCAUUCAGUCAGAGCUCGUCUCUUGCCAACCACGAGAAGACACAUUACUGAGGAAAAGCAUAGAAGGAAAACGCAUGUGGCAAAUCUGCCUUGAGACCUUUAUUCCCAGCUGACUGUAACAGAAUUCAUCCCGAGGGUGGUGAGUGGCAGUUAGCUGGGAGUGAGCGUGAAGGUAGAUUCAGCAAGCAUCAGGCAUUUGUGGUCAGUAUUAACUUGUGAGUGUUUGGAAAACUUACAUAGAGUACUUUCCAUAUGUUCUGAAGUUUUGCUGAUGGCGGUAUCAACACUGAGACUGAAGGAUUGAAAUUUUCUCUAUAGUGAUGCAGAGUUAAUAGCCACGAGUUUUUUUUAACAGCACUGGGGCUGCUGGUUUAGGGGAAAAAUGCAUUCUUCAGACUAGCUGAGGGUCUCUGCAGAACAAUGCCUUUGAGUGUGAAUGCAAAAUAGCUGAGUUAGAAAAAAUGAGAAAAGAUAUCUACAUAGAUAACUCACAGCUGCCUCGUGGUCACUAAAGUUUUCUUUUUUAAU